AAAGUCCCGGUUUGUAGUAGAUUGUAUGUGGACUAUUUAUAAAGUUCAGAAUUAAGCGGAUACAACAAUUGAUCACAAGGUGCUGUUAAUAGUCAUUGUAUCUUAUUUAUUGGCCACUCUACAUUGCUUAGAUAUUCAAAAGUUAUUUAUUAAUUUAUUUAAGUAAAGUUUUAAUUUUCGUUCCAUUAAAAUGGAGUUGGAAUGCAAGGUUCAGAAUUACGAAUGGGGAAAAAUAGGGUUGGAUAGCACUGUCGCAAAACUUAUUUCAAAUGCUAACCCAAGUCUCACAAUUUACCCCGAAAAGCCGUACGCAGAAUUGUGGAUGGGAACUCACCCUAACAGUCCUUCCCUAAUCAUAGAUAGAGGCGUAUUAUUGUCGGAAUAUCUAGAGGAUAACCAUGAUGCAAUUGGCCCUGAAGUUAAAAGAAAAUUUGGCGUCACAAUUCCAUUUCUACUGAAAGUAUUGUCAAUCCGCAAGGCGUUAUCUAUACAAGCUCACCCAGCAAAGGAUCAUGCAGAACAGUUACAUAAAAAUUUUCCACAAAUAUAUAAGGAUCCAAAUCAUAAGCCAGAGCUUGCAAUAGCACUUACACCGUUUGAAGCACUUUGUGGGUUCCGACCUAUACUUCAAAUACAGGAAUUCUUAAAGAAUUUACCUGAACUCACUGAAAUUUUGCAUAAGGACAAUUUGAAUGCCUUUCUUGAAACCAAAGAAGCUAAUAUGGCUCAAAAAGAAUUGAAACAAAUAUUCAAUUCAUUAAUGACAUGUGACAAAGACAUCAUAGAAACUAGCUUAAACAAGUUGCUAAAUAGGCUGGGAAGUGAAGGUGCGGAAUUAAAAUCGUUCCUUCUAUAUCCUCUGAUAAAGAGACUUCAUGCUGGCUUCCCCGGUGAUGUUGGUUGUUGGUCGCCAUAUUUUAUGAACUAUCUGGUAUUACAUCCUGGUCAAGCAAUAUUUCUUAAGCCGAAUUUACCACAUGCUUAUUUAAGUGGAGAUUGUGUGGAAUGUAUGGCAUGUUCAGAUAAUGUAGUGCGAGCAGGGCUGACACCUAAAUAUAUUGAUGUGGCGACCCUUAUAGAAAUGUUAGACUACAACAGUUACACGACACAGGAAAUGCUAUUCACACCACAACUAGAAGACCAGAACAGUUGUAUCUGGAAACCACCUGUACCUGAUUUUGCUGUUGUUAAAAUAAAAGUUGACAGCGGUGACUAUAACACAAUAGUGCGUCCAAGCCCUAGUAUUAUAAUUAUUAUAUCUGGUAGAGGGAAAGUUUGUGACACUGAACCCAUAGAAGUUAGACCUGGUGUUGUAGUGUUCCUUAAAGCAAGUCGACAAUUGACCAUAACACCAGCCACAGGAUGCCAUAUCGAAGCCUAUCAAGCCAUAUGUAAUGUUUAAAUAACAAUUGAGUGAUAAAAAUAAUAUAUUUUAUAUACAUAUUAGCAUCAAUGUAAUAAAAAAAGCCAUAUCAAUAAAAUAUUUAGGCUUAAUCCUACUUUAUAUAUUUUUUUAAGCUGACUGACAUUUUAUUGAAUUUUGUUUUUUUAUUUUUCAAAUAAUAAUCUUUUUUAUGGUAUGAGUUCCAGUUUUAUAUCUCGAGAUAUCCUGAAAUGUGAACAACAAUUUUUUUUGUGGUAAAAAAAAGAUAAUUAGAACAUUUUUAUAAUUCUGAAUUGGUUUUAAAUUUGGAACGACAUAUUAAUAUUAAUUAUGAUAAAGUCUUUAUAGACAAUGGGGCUAAAAGGUAUUGAUAGUUUUAUAAUCAUGUUUUUUGUUUUGAGUUUUAUUGUUAAGAUAAAUUAAUUACUAUCUAUGAAAAUUCUAAAUAGUCUAAGUUAUGUAUACAUUAUUAUUAUGAGUAAGUAUUGAUCAGUUACAUUAUAGUCUUAGUGACAAGUAAGAUAUGUUUAUUGUUAUAACAUUUUAAUGAUCUUUGUUUUAUAAAAAAAUUUAAAGUAUGUAAUAUUAGUAGUAUUUUCUAGAAUAUACACUGGUUUAAAAUAUUUCUAUUGUCAUUGUUUAAUAAUUAUUAUAAUUUUGUGUUUAUUCAACUAAAUAUUCGUUUUUUGUUUGUUAAUAAUAUAGUGAAAUUACGAUAGAAUUUAAUAAUUUUACUUUCAUUUAUUUCUAAUGCUGGCCAUUUGCCUCUGUUAUUAAAUAAAGAUUGUUUACAAUGUUU